AUGAAGCUGGUAAUUAUAAUUAUUGCAAUAUUUUAAUAUAGUAGUAUACGUAAAUUUAAUUUAUUUUUAAUAAUUAUUUUUAGUGUAAUCUUUUUUGUGAAUGUCUGAAUUCAGAUAUUUACAUUAAUAAGUGUAAUUACCUGAUAAUUGUCUAAUAUAUUAAUUAUUUAUAAUAAAUGCAUUUUAAAUAUAUUAUAUUUAUAGUAUUGUUUAUUAUAUUAUAUUUAUAGUAUUGUUUAUCAAGUGAACCAACAAAACCAUGUUUGGUUUUAAGUUUCAAAGGAAUUACAUUAAUGUUAGAUUGCGGUUUAAAUAUGCAAUCUGUAUUACAUUUUAUGCCCAUGCCUAUGAUUCCCAGCGCUAAAUUUAAUUCUUUACCUUCUUGGCUUCCACGUGAUAAUCACCAAGACUGGCAAAUAGAAGGGGAACUGAAAGAAUGUUGUGGCAGAGUAUUUGUAGAUUCAACUCCUGAAUUUUCUCCACCUUUGGAAAAAAUAAUAGAUUUUUCAGAAAUUGAUGCAAUUUUAAUAUCAAAUUACACUUGCAUGUUGGCUUUGCCAUUUAUAACAGAAGACACUGGCUUUAAAGGCAUUAUUUAUGCUACAGAACCAACAUUACAAAUUGGACGAUUUUUUAUGGAAGAACUAGUAGAAUUUAUUGAACAAACUCCUAGAGCUACAUUAGCUAAACAUUGGAAGGAAAUGCUACAUGUAUUACCUUCUCCAUUAGCCGAUGCUCUUAAGCCAAAAUCUUGGAAGCAUAUAUAUUCACUGUCAGCAGUUAAUACUGCUUUGUCAUAUAUUCAAACAGUUGGAUAUGAUCAAAAAUUGGAUAUAUAUGGUGCAUUAACAGUCACUCCCAUAAGUUCUGGAUAUUGUUUGGGUAGCAGUAAUUGGUUAAUUUCAUGUGAUCACGAGAAGGUUGCAUUUGUAAGUGGAUCUUCAACAUUGACGACACAUCCUAGGCCUAUGGAACAGGCUACUUUGAAACAUGCUAAUAUGUUAAUAUUAACGGGUUUAACUCAAACUCCUACUGCAAAUCCAGAUACUAUGCUUGGAGAACUCUGUAUGACUGUUGUUCUGAUUACAGACAACCUUGUGUUGUGUUUUGUGGUCAUCCAAGCCUCAGAUUUGGGGAUGCAGUUCAUUUUGUUCAACUAUGGGGUAACAACCCACAGCACACCAUAAUUUUCACAGAACCAGAUUUUCCAUAUUUAGAUGCCUUAGCACCAUUUCAACCAUUAGCUAUGAAAGCAGUGCAUUGCCCAAUUGAUACAUCUCUUAAUUUUACUCAAGCUAAUAAAUUAAUUAGAGAUUUGAAACCUGAACAUUUAGUUAUACCUGAAUGUUAUACACAACCACCAAUAACUGCACCACAUAGAACAGAUCUUGUUAUAGAACCUGUAGGGGAAAAACCAUUGAUCACUUUCAAAAGAGGUGAAGUUAUCAAACUGCCUUUAAAAAGAAAGAAAGGACGAGUGUUUAUUGAACCAGAAUUGGCUGGAAAUAUAAUUCCUAAUGAAAUUCGACCUGGUUUAAGUCUUGCGUCUGUUACUGGAGAAUUGGAAGUUAAGGACAACGUAUAUACAAUAAAAAAUAUUGAAGAUAGACCUAGCGGAAAACGCAAAGCAUCUUCCAGUUCACCUGCGCCAAUCAAGGAAGAAGUUCUUAAAGAACGGAAACACGAAUAUGGUAAUUUGGAUCCGCAAGAACUUCUUCAGAAACUUAAUCAAGAGGGCAUUCAAGGAGCCAAGUUACAACAUAGUCCAACUGCGACCAGUAUUCACUUACAAGAUGAAGAUACUUUGAUUCAAAUAGGAGAUAACUCGACACACAUAUUCUGUAAUGGUGAUCAAAAGAUUAGAAGACGAUUAAGAACUAUUAUUAUGCAGUGCCUCAAAAGAUUUUAGGAUAAAAUAUGAAUAAUAUUAUAUUAUGACUAUUUUAUAUAGAGGCAAUUGUAUUAUAACUUAUUUUUAUUUAUAUAGCGCAAAGAAUAAUAUUCAUUGUAAGUACUUUCAGUUAAACAUAAGCAAUACAUUCUGUUGCCUUUUGCAUAUAUAGGAUGUGAAGCUGAAUAUGUUACAAGACAAUAUUUUAGAAGUUAAAAAAAAUACGUAGUUUUUUAUUUUUUGCAAUCAUAUAAUGAUCAGUUUUAAUAUUUGUUUGCAAUUCAUUUACUAACGAUCAAAAUAAUUAUAGUCAUAAUAAUAAAUAGAAUGAAAGUAGAAGGCACUUUCAUAUGAUUUUAGUAUCUAGUAUUUAGUUUUUUUUACAAAAUGACGAAAUUGUAAUUAAAUUCUCGGUAAAUAAAACAGUUUCUAGCAAAAUUUUAUACUUAUUGUUGUAACAUUUUGUAACAAAGCAAGUAUUACAUUUUAUAUAUACGUAUAUAUAUAUAUA